CAGGACACUUGUCUAGUCAAUCAAUUAAUCCCGCUUAGCUGAAGCCGGGUGAAUUUAAAGAACCGCGGUCACAGGGAAAAAUUGCGCAUGUCCCGUCCCCAUGAAAUCCUCGAUCCGCCAUCCAAUCGAUCUAUGCAUUCGCCGUUUUCAUUUCUGUCGAACGUAGACGGUCUUGUAUGUCGGGCUGUUUAGUGCUGCGCUGCUUCUGAUUGUGCCCCAUUGUUAAUUCUAGACCAAGAGCGAGUCGUGCAAACGGGUUGCCAAAAUGGGGUCCCUAUUCCGGAGCGCGGAAAUGACCCUGUGCCAGCUGUUUUUGCAAAGCGAGGCUGCUUAUGCUUGUGUGUCUGAGCUGGGGGAGCUGGGACUUGUCCAAUUCCGGGACUUAAACCCGGACGUGAACGUCUUCCAACGGAAGUUCGUGAACGAGGUGCGAAGAUGCGACGAGAUGGAGAGAAAGUUGAGAUACCUGGAGAAGGAGAUCAAAAAAGAUGAAAUUCCGAUGCUGGACACUGGUGAGAAUCCGGAAGCUCCCCAGCCAAGGGAAAUGAUCGAUUUAGAGGCGACUUUUGAGAAACUGGAGAAUGAGCUGAGAGAGGUGAAUCAGAACGCAGAGGCUUUGAAGAGGAACUUCCUGGAGUUGACCGAGCUGAAGCAGAUUUUACGUAAGACGCAAGUGUUCUUUGACGAGCACGAGGGGGGCACAAAUCCCACUGAAUCUAUGACGAGGGCCCUCAUUAGCGAGGAUUCUAUUGCAAGGCAAACCGGCCCCGUGCAGCUCGGUUGUCCGGAGAAGCAAUACGACCCCGAGGAAUACUACCCAUGCUUCGUCGCUGGAGUGAUUCUGCGGGAGCGGAUUCCUGCGUUCGAGCGCAUGCUUUGGAGGGCCUGCAGAGGCAACGUCUUCCUGCGCCAGGCCGAGAUUGAAACUCCUCUGGAGGAUCCCUCAACGGGCGAUCAAGUCUACAAAUCAGUGUUCAUCAUUUUCUUCCAAGGCGACCAGCUGAAGACGCGCGUGAAGAAGAUCUGCGAAGGCUUCAGAGCGACUCUCUAUCCCUGCCCGGAAGCACCGGCCGAUCGUAGGGAAAUGGCCAUGGGCGUGAUGACGCGCAUUGAAGACCUGAAUACGGUUCUGGGCCAGACGCAAGACCAUCGGCACCGCGUUCUAGUGGCGGCCGCCAAAAAUAUCAAGAACUGGUUUGUAAAAGUGCGCAAAAUCAAGGCGAUCUACCACACGCUCAAUCUCUUCAAUCUGGACGUCACCCAGAAGUGUUUGAUUGCCGAAUGUUGGGUGCCCGUUUUGGAUCUGGAAAAUAUUCAGCUGGCUUUGCGACGUGGAACGGAGCGCAGUGGCAGCUCGGUGCCGCCAAUCUUGAACCGAAUGGACACGCCCGAAGACCCGCCCACUUAUAAUCACACCAACAAGUUCACCACCGCCUUUCAGGCGCUGUAUGACUCCUACGGAAUCGCCUCCUACCGAGAAAUGAACCCGACCCCCUACACCAUCAUCACUUUUCCCUUCUUGUUCGCCAUCAUGUUUGGUGACUUUGGGCAUGGCACGCUGAUGGCCCUCUUCGGCGUCUGGAUGGUUAUGAAUGAAAAACCGCUAGCGGCCAAGAAAUCUGACAAUGAGAUCUGGAACAUUUUCUUUGGCGGCCGCUACAUUAUCAUGCUGAUGGGGUUCUUUUCCAUGUACACGGGCCUGAUCUACAACGAUGUUUUCGCAAAGUCUCUGAAUAUUUUCGGGUCUAGUUGGAAGGUUACGAAUGUGACCAAAGAUUACGUGUUGAACAUGCAGACUGAGCACAUGUUGGAUCCUGCCAGUACCGACUACGUUGGUUACCCGUACCCGUUCGGGUUGGAUCCGGUCUGGCAACUGUCCAAGAACAAAAUCAUCUUCCUCAAUUCCUUCAAGAUGAAGCUAUCGAUCAUCAUCGGAAUCACCCACAUGUUGUUUGGAGUGGCCAUCAGCUACUUCAAGAACAUGCACUUCAACAAUCGGCUCAACAUCAUCUGCGAGUUUAUUCCACAGGUGAUUUUCCUCAGCUUCCUGUUCUUCUACAUGGUGAUCCUGAUGUUCAUCAAAUGGUUCAAGUACUUUGCCAGCAACGACCGUACGUACAUUCAUUUGGGGACGCGCUGCGCGCCAUCGAUUCUCAUCACCUUCAUCAACAUGGUGCUGAACAAGGAGACGCCCUUUGAGGAUAUAUGCAUAACAUCGGACAUGUACCCAGGACAGAUGGUCAUCCAGAAGAUCCUGCUGUUUUGCGCCUUUGUCUGCAUCCCCUGGAUGUUGCUGGCGAAGCCCCUAAUGAUUCAGCGCGCCAGAAAGGCGGCAAGCCUUCAUCUAGUGAACCACAACCAGCUGCACUCAGCUACGGAAAACGGCGACGCUGAGCAAUCGAUUCACAAUAACACGUCGCAAACGCCAGUUGCACAGGGACAGGAUGAAAUGGAUGAGGAACCGAUGUCUGAGAUCUACAUCCAUCAGGGGAUCCACACCAUCGAAUAUGUUUUGGGCUCGAUUUCCCAUACAGCUUCGUAUCUGCGAUUGUGGGCUCUAUCGCUGGCUCAUGCACAAUUGUCGGAGGUUUUGUGGGGCAUGGUCCUGAACAAGGGGCUGACGGUGGAAGGGUGGGCAGGCGGUGUGGCCCUCUACAUAAUCUUCGCAGUCUGGGGCGCCCUCACUAUCUCAAUCCUUGUCCUCAUGGAGGGGCUGUCCGCCUUCCUCCACACUCUUCGUCUGCAUUGGGUAGAGUUCUGCUCCAAGUUCUACUCGGGCGCUGGCUACGCCUUCCAACCCUUCUCCUUUGAGGUGAUCUUGGAUGCGGCCGGCCAGAUCAAGGAAGAGUAGUAGGUUGAGGCAACAGCCUCAUGCUCUGCAUCUAGAUGUUGCUGAAUCGUAAUGCUGUACUUAAGAGCAUUUGUUUCUCUGUGUUGCUGAAUACAAAUUGUAUUAUUGUAUUCGUAUGAUUAAAGUUGUAAAUGAAAA